CACUUAAGAAGCUGGUCCACAGAAUAUUUCAAAUCCCUUUACUGUACAGUUCUAAUGGUAAAUGCUGUCUAGCCCUUUUGCUGUGGACCUUGUCUGGCAUGUUAUAUACUUCCUGGUGGACCAGUGAAAGCUCUACUGUUAAUGAAAAGAGGCUCCUGGCCCCUUCCUGCCUACUCUGAAUACCAUUCACUUGUGAACACAUCGCCGAAGAAGGGGGAAAGCCAAGGAGCUCUGCUAAAGAUUGUUGUGUGAAAGCAGGAGAUCCCUCAGGACAGACCAUGUGCUCAGUGACACUGGGAUGGAUUUGUGCAUUUCUACUUCUUGUUUGUUUUCUGAAUGACGGGAGAUGCGAAAGAGACUUCCGAUUCUGCGGUGUUAGAAAGCACAGCGAUGAGAAUCAGAAGCUCAAGUUGAACGUGACGCAAGGCUGCUGCAGUCUGAGCAUCUCAAGCACCGAGGAUACCCUGUUCAUUGCAGGAGAGAUCACUGCCAGCUGUGUGAACACAUCCAGCAUCAGCCUGCCCCGGGGCUCAGGACUGGAGACCCCUUUCUGUGUGCACUGGAACGGGUUCCUGGAUUUACUGCUGCUUGAGUACAACACAACCAGAAAUUAUACUCUCUGCGGUCCCUCGACUCCUCAGACCACCUGUUGCACAGACUUAUCCUUGCACAAUAAGAGUGGCAGUAAAGAUAUUGGCAUUCUCAAAGGAAGUGUGCGUGGAGAUAUUAUUGAACAUAGUACCCAGGAAUUCUAUAUCUUCAGAGGGGAAAGCGGUCGAUGUGACGCAGAGAUGUGUCAAGCCCUGGUAAACAUCAGAAAUGGACAAACAGCUAUAAAAUGGGGGCAAGAGUUGGAGAGGUUACUGAUGCAGUCAAAGUUCACAAGAGACAUGCAGCACUUCGACCUGCCCUGCGGGAUCCAUUCCACAGUCUUUAAAUUGGGACCUGAUUUUAAGGGCAACACUGUGGUACAACGGGAAGGCAGGUUCCCUGGCAGCAACAAGCCCCCCUCUGUGUACAUCCCCACCACUCUGCUGGGAAACAAAACCAGGGCAUGGAAAACGCCAAAAGUUGUCUGUUCAUUUUAUAACAACAACAGCCUUUUCCAGGACAAAAACAACAUGAUUUUAAAUGGGGAUGUGGUUGGAGUGACGGUUGAAAACGAAGUCAUCGCUGACCUCGUUGAGCCAGUGAUUUUUACCUUUUUUCACAAGAAGCAGCCAGAGAAUAUGACAAGAACAUGUGUUUUCUGGGAUGUGCUGCCAAAUGAAGGGAAGAUGUUUUGGAAUGAAUCAGGUUGUAAAACUUUGAGGAAUGACACACAAACUGCAUGCCAUUGCAAUCACCUGACCUAUUUUGCAGUGCUAUUGCAAAUUCUUAAUAAGCCUGUGCACAAUCUGGAAGUCCAGACACACAUCACAUACAUCGGAUGUGUGAUUUCUGCCUUGUGCUGCAUGCUCACUAUCGGGCUGUUUUUGUGUCAGAGGAAAUAUACUUCUGACAAAUCCAGCCUGAUCCACAUGAACCUAGCCAUGGCUUUGCUGCUGCUGAAUGUCAGCUUUCUUUUAAAUAUGACCCUGGCUUCUCUCAGUAAUGAAGGAGUGUGCACAUUGCUGGCCCUCAUGCUGCACUACUCCCUGCUCUGCUCCUUCACCUGGAUGGGAAUCGAAGCCUACAAUGUCUACAGGCUGCUGUGUCAGGUGUUCACCUACACGAGUCAAUACAUGCUCAAACUCUGCAUUGUGGGCUUUGUGCUCCCUUCUGCUUUUGCCAUUGGAUUUGCUUCAAGAGGUGCUUAUGGUUCGUAUCGCAUCCCAUCCUCAACGGGCACCGAAACAACAAUGUGCUGGAUACUGCAUCCGCUGGUCCAUUACAUCACAAACGUUGGGUACUUUGCUGGGAUUUUCAUCUUCAGUACCUCCAUGUUGGUGGUUACUGUUGUCAAGAUCAGACAUUCAGAGAAACACAAAUGCGCUCAGGACAGGAGUUCCUGGAAGCUGGUUCUGUCAGUGCUGAUGCUCACUUGUCUGUUUGGGACCACCUGGGGACUGAAUUUCUUCUCCUUCACCUAUACUGGACAGCUGUUAUCCACCAUCCUAAACUCCCUGCAAGGUUUCUGCCUUUGUGUGCGUUACUUCAUUAUGAGACCCAAACAAGGCUCCAGUGGAUCCGGGUUAAGCAAGUUGUUGUUAGUUUCUUCCAGAAGCACUUCAUCCACUAAUGCUGCAGAAUCUAAAUCGCUGAACUCUUAGUAGUAUAAGCACACGUGCAUCUUCAGCAGAGAUCGUGCUACGCUGUGCGGCUGGUUCAAGAGAGCUAUUAUGUGUUGCCACUACGCCUACAGUAAUAAAUUUGAUUCCAUUUGAAUAGAAAUGCAUUCUUAAACCCUUAAAACACGCAAGCAGGAAAAUACAUUAUAUUUUCCGUGAAAUUAUUUUGAACAAAAAAAAAAAAAAACAUACCGUACUAUGGCCAGCGGGUGGCGCUGAAUAUAAAUAAUGCUAUCAGGGAACGCUGUUUCUUUUUAUAGUAGCAUUUGAAAGCUCUUUAGUUGUGCAAUGUGCUGAAGCCUUUUACUUUCCUUUUCUAUCAGCGGUAGUCUGUUUUUAAGCUAUUUAACAUGUGCAAUAAAUGUUUUGUUUAAUGGCGGGGGUACAUUUUUAUUAGUUUAACUGUUAAGUUUUACCUAUUUGUAUAAAUUAAAUUAGUUUCUCAGUUAUU